UACUUUAUUCUGUGCUUCGUAGCCACCACCACUGUACAUCAGGCAAGAUUGUUUGUAAAUGCUUCAAUUUGAUUAAGUUUUUGAGAAACUGGAAUGAAAUAUUAGUAAAGUAAAAAAUAGUUGAAAUGGGUGUUCCAGCUUUUUUUCGUUGGCUCAGCCGAAAAUAUCCUUCGGUUAUUGUGCAUUGUGUUGAACAGAAGCCAGUUGAUGUUAAUGGGGUAAGUGUACCAAAUGAUACUUCAGAACCUAAUCCAAAUGGAAUGGAAUUUGAUAACUUAUACCUAGACAUGAAUGGUAUAAUUCAUCCGUGUACACAUCCAGAAGAUGGUACACCAGCUCCAAAAAAUGAAGAUGAAAUGAUGGUUGCUAUCUUUAAUUGUAUUGAUAAGCUGUUCAACAUUGUAAGACCACGUAAAGUAUUGUAUAUGGCUAUCGAUGGAGUGGCUCCUAGGGCAAAAAUGAAUCAACAAAGGUCAAGGCGUUUCAGAGCAUCAAAAGAGAGUGUUGAAAAGUUGAAUGAAAUAAAAAGAAUAAGGGCCGAGUUACUCCUUAAAGGAGUAGAAUUACCUCCAGAAAAACCAAAAGAAGAACAUUUCGACUCAAAUUGUAUAACACCUGGUACCCCAUUUAUGGCCAGGCUGUCUGAGUGCUUACAUUAUUAUAUUCAUGAAAGGUUAAAUAACGAUCCUGGUUGGAAAAAUAUUAAAGUUGUUCUAUCAGAUGCCAAUGUACCAGGAGAAGGAGAACAUAAGAUAAUGGACUUCAUUCGUAGACAGAGAGGACAACCUGAUCAUGAUCCAAAUACCCAGCAUGUACUCUGUGGAGCAGAUGCUGAUCUGAUUAUGUUGGGACUUGCAACACAUGAACCUAAUUUUACUAUCAUAAGAGAGGAAUUUAAACCCAAUCAGCCUAAACCAUGUGACAUAUGUGCUCAAAUAGGACAUGAAACAAAAGAUUGUACAGGUGGUGUAAAAAGCUUAGAGGAUAAACCAGAGAUCAAGGUAUAUUCUGAUGUACAAUACAUCUUUGUGAGACUCAAUGUGUUGAAAGAGUAUUUACAAAAGGAAUUAUUAAUGCCUAACUUGCCAUUUAAAUAUGAAUUUGAACGAGCAGUUGAUGAUUGGGUUUUCAUGUGCUUCUUUGUGGGAAAUGACUUUCUGCCACAUUUACCGAGUUUGGAAAUCAGAGAAGGGGCAAUUGACAGAUUAGUUACUUUAUACAAGGAUUGUGUUUAUAGAACUGGAGGUUGGCUGACAAAUAGUGGAGAGGUAUUUCUAGAAAGAGUACAGGUCAUAAUGUCUGAACUUGGUAAAGUGGAAGAUGAAAUUUUUAAGACACGGCAACAAAGAGAGCUUUCAUUCAAGGCUAGAGAAAAGGCAAAGAAACGUCGCUCUGAGGGAUCAUAUAAUGAUAGGAGACCUAACUGGCAACUUGUAAAAGAUACACAAUUUGCACCAAGGUCAAUUAACAAUAGAAAUCCAGUACAAAAUCCCAGAAAUGAAGCUAUGAUGAUUAGAAAGGCUGGAAUGCAUACACAGGUCGAUCAUCAACUUCAAACGGUAACAGCUAAGAGUUCACUUGAAUCUAUGAUAAAACCAGUAGGUUCAGAUGAACAACCUAGGGGUACGAAGAGGAAAGCUGAAGAAGAUGAAGAGUCUGAUGAUGAUCAAGCACAUGAUGAAGUCAGGUUAUGGGAAGAUGGUUUUAAAGAUCGCUACUAUGAAUCAAAAUUUGAUGUUGCAUCAAAUAAUUAUGAAUUCAGAAAUUCUGUUGCUUUACAUUAUGUAAGAGGUCUCUGUUGGGUAUUAAAAUACUAUUAUCAAGGAUGCGCUUCAUGGUCGUGGUAUUUUCCUUAUCAUUAUGCACCAUUUGCGUCAGACUUUGUAAAUAUUUCAGGAUUGAGUACAGAUUUCGACAGUGACACUAAACCGUUCAAGCCGUUGGAACAACUUAUGGGUGUGUUUCCAGCUGCUUCCAGUAAACAUGUACCUGAUCUUUUUGCAAAGCUUAUGUCUGAUCCAGAAUCAACGAUCAUAGACUUUUAUCCUGAAGAUUUCAAAAUUGAUCUGAAUGGAAAAAAGUUUGCAUGGCAAGGCGUAGCGCUUCUCCCUUUUGUUGAUGAAAAACGUCUUUUCAAAGCCCUGGCACCUCUUUAUUCUCAACUGACAGAUGCAGAAAAAAAGAGGAAUUCUCUUGGGGACGACAGACUUUAUGUAUCUAAAGGCCAUCAUGGACAUAUAUUAUUGAAUUCCCUCUACCUGAACGAUGUUAGUGUAGACAUGGAGACACAUAUUUCUUUAGAUGGAAUGGCUGGAACAGUUCUCUUAUCAGAUAUUUGUAUUGAAGAAGGAGGACUUUUGAAUUCACCUGUUCGAGGAUUAGACGAAGUGUCAAGUAAUUUAGUAUGUACUGUAAAAUACCGAUAUCCCCAGUACCCAAAAGGAUUCAUAUUUCCUGCUAAAAAACUUGAUGGAGCUAUAGACCCGCCUACUGUACUCAAACCGUCUGAUUUGAAUCCACAACAGAAUAGGCAAUGGAGGGCUCAAACAGGUAUGGUUCCAGCCACUCAGAGGGCUUACUUGGAUAGGCCAGGACAUCGGAUGGUUAAUCAUCAUCUUCCAUCUUUCAAUAAUGUGCCCCCACCUCAGAAUAUGGACAGGAGACAGAAUAGCUACCAACAAAACAGUUACAAUUCCAGGGGAGGACACUACAACUCAUAUCAAAAUAAUAGAGGGGGGUAUUCCAGUAACAGAGGAAAUUAUCGUGGUGGAUAUCAACAAAAUAACAGUCAUCAAGGAUCCAGUAGAAAUAAUUACCAGCAGCAGAAUAGGAAUCAUUCUUAUGAUAGAAACAGAACACAAGAUCAGGACAGAAGACCUCCUGGUCCCUAUAGGGACAGAUAUCAAUCAAAUAAUUAUUAUGGACAAUGAUCAGAUUUUUUUUUAUAGAUGUAUACAUUGACGUUUUAAAAUACAAAUUUCGACACUUUUUCAUUGCAAGUAUUGACUAAAAUAUAUCAUGAAUCCAUAAGUGUAAUUGGUGAAUAUUUUUCCUUAUUCUUAUUGAGGUUCUAGUUCAAGAUUUGUGAUUAUGAUUAUUCCAAAACUGUUAAAAAUGAUUGAAUUUAUCUUUCAAUUAUUGAGUGUACCUAGCUGAUAAAUAAUAGCAAUCACUUCUUCAUAUCUGUACUAUCGAUUUCUGUUACUCUAUUUGAAAUUCUUUUUUUAUUCUAAUGAAUUGAUAUAUUCUGAUUUACAGGAACAAUGUAAUUUUGUCAAACCAAAUUAUUUGGUGGUUGUUACAAAUAUUAUUAAAGCAUGUUGGCUUUUCCAUAUUCAUUUUAUAUAUUAUACAAAUUCAACAAUAAACAGGUCUCACUAUGAUAAGAUUUGUUUUACUACCUGAUUUGUAUAGCGUAAUUUGGGAUUUCAGAGUAAGAUAUAAUUUGUAAAGAGUAUAUUUGUAAAAAGUUGGAUAAAAUCAUUAAAAAAUGUAAUGGGA